UCUGAAGCCACCGGAAGCGUGAGUUAUCUGUCCCCGCCCCAGCAGCUCAGUCAAUCCAACCUGAAGAGAAGGCGAGUCCACGGCUAAAAAUAUAAUAGCUAACACAAGAUGGCCGGUCUGCCUCGUAGGAUUGUAAAGGAAACGCAGCGGUUGAUGGCAGAACCCGUUCCAGGGAUCACAGCUACGCCCGAUGAAGGGAAUGCACGCUACUUCCAUGUGUUCAUCGCAGGGCCUCAAGAUUCUCCCUUUGAAGGAGGCACAUUUAGACUUGAACUGUUUCUUCCAGAAGAGUAUCCCAUGGCAGCUCCCAAAGUGCGAUUCAUGACCAAAAUCUAUCACCCCAAUGUCGACAAACUGGGAAGAAUAUGUUUAGACAUUUUGAAAGACAAGUGGUCUCCAGCCCUGCAGAUCCGUACAGUGUUGCUAUCUAUCCAGGCGUUAUUAAGUGCUCCCAAUCCAGAUGAUCCACUGGCAAAUGAUGUUGCAGAGCAGUGGAAGAAAAAUGAAAGCCAAGCCAUUGAGACAGCCCGAACAUGGACCAGGCUCUAUGCAGGCAACAGUGAAGUAUAGAAGAAGAGAAACGAGGCUUCUGAAUGUGAUCCACAAAAUAUACUCCUAUUCUGUCAUUUGAAUUUAACAGACACAAAAAAAAAAGAGGAAAAAAAAUAUAAUAAGUCCAAAUCUAUUUGAAAGAAAUGACAUGAGCAGCAGACCUCUGGGUGACUUAUGUUAAGACGUGUUCAAUGUGUGUUAGCCUUUUUUUUUUUGUUUUCUUUUUUUGUUUUAUUUCCCCCCGUGUUGCUAUUUAAAUGCAUGGACAGAGAAUUACACCCUCCCCAUUACAGUCUUAAAACUCACAAUGCAAUGUGUUGUCUAAACCAGGCACAUACUGGUACGUUUGCAAAGUGUACAUGCAUUAAAGCUGUCGUUCUUUUAACACAUGCAUUAUUUGUCAACACAUCUGUAUGUCUUUUUGUGUCAGUUCAGCACAGCACCAGUAGUAGUAGUAAACAGACACAAAAAUGUUAAUAAUGCAGUUUCCCAUAACUUCUUUUUGGAGCGGGGAAACAAGCCAACUCAUUCUUAAAAACAGAAGAAAAAAAACUGCCUUUUAACUGUAGAGCAGAGGUGAAUCUGAAGGAUUUCACAUGGGAAAUGCAUCAUCAGAUUCUUAUGCAAUCUCACAUAAACUGUAACUUAAGCUGCUGAACCCUUGAAAACUUAAAAAAAAACUGAAGUGGGAGAAGUUUUUUACUGUAAAUUAAAUUUGAAGACGCCCUAAAUUUGGCUGGAUGGGGGAACGCAUACUGCGUCACAGCCACACAUCACAUUUUAAAGAAUUUAGUCAAUAUCCUGCAGUUUUGUUUUGUUUUUUUGUUUUUUUACAUCUAUUCAUUAUUUACAUUUUACCAUUGGAGUUAGAUGCAUAGAAAAGACAGUAGAUAUGGUCGUUCUGAUUAGAAGCCAGUGAGUGAGGAUUAUUCCUGCAGUAACCUAAAAGCUGCUGGUUGGUUAGAAAUCUGUUGUAUGAAAGCAUCAACAUUUAAAUCUCCCAAACUGGAUUUAAUGUUUCUUUCAUUCAGUUUUUUUUUUCUUCUUCUCAGUUUUUUAGACCCUGUUCGGUUUGGUGAAGGUGAGCAGAGUACUUCCACAUACUUAAAAGGUCAUUUACAGGACGUUCAGGGAGGCAAAUGACGCUCGCUGUUAAAAGGAAUCGUAAAUGUGUAGCAGAGACGCAUGUGUUGGAAAUGACGCCUGUUUAAGAGUGUAGGAAGUGAACUUGUUUUGGGGGGGAUUUUCCUUUUUAACUGUCUGUCCAUGCUAUAUGUGUGUUGCCUGUUCUCUAUUUUAUUUUCAAUGUUUCUUCAUUAAAGAAGUCAUGUACCAUAACCAAGCUGAUAUCAGGGCAGUUCAAACUAGACUGAAGUCACCUGGUUGAGGGGGUGUUUGUUUUAAUUUUUUUAAAGGGGAAGUUCAGGUUUUUGCUAUUGAUUAUAAGGUUGUUUUCUAGGUUACCUGCUUUUACAUUCAUUUAAUUCCAGUGGGUAAAUUUGGUCAUUGUAGAAGCAGGAAGCAGGUGCUACAAAAGUAUUCAAGUUUUUAAAGGAUUUUUGAUUGGCUAAAGAGAAUUGACACCAUGCACAUUUUAUGAUGAUCCCACAAAAUCUAGGGUUUGAUUCAAUCUGUUGAACACUUUUGAAAAUACCUAAACUUUCCUUUUAAAAGGGAUCAGAUUGUGACUUUAAAAGGCUCACUGCUACAUCGUCUACAUUGCUUCAUUAUGGCUCCUCUGAGAGAGGAUUUGUUUAUAGCUUUUUAUUCUUUCUCUUGGAUUAUCACAGGCUCAUUUUUGCUUCGAUUCGUUGGUGUCCUCGCCCAGAAAUAUUAACUCUUUCUAACUCAUAAAUUUAUUGAAGUCUGAAAGAUGGCGCACGGCUUAAAACCUGGUUAAUUUAUUGUUUCCCUGAGGGACUUGAUGGUAAUCUAAAAGAAGAAAACAGUCACUCACUGGAUUUUUGAAGCGUAUUGAUCAAAAUACUGAGAGAUCAGACUGAUUAAUCAGCUCCCCAUGUGAUGAUUAAAAAGAAGAGUUCUGUCGGUAAUUUCAGUGCAUUUGCAUACAUGGCUCUUCAAACACUCUGGUAAUAAACUGAGAUGAGUAAGUAA